GGUGGGAGGGCGCCUAUUGUUAUCCUCAUUUGGCAGGGCAGUGCACAGAUGCCCAGAUGUAAAAAGCUUGUGGGUUUAAUCUAUUGGGACUCCUGCACUUACAGCUUUACCUGCCCACACCCGACUGGGCGGAGCGCCCGUUCCUGUGGGACUCCUGGCAUGAUGUCGUUGCCAGUGACUUCUGGAGUGACUCCUUACCCCACUCCUUUUGGAAGCCUCUUCCAGGCGGGGAAACCGAGGCCAGGUGGGGGCGGGGCCGUGCUUGGGCCAAUGGGCGAGCGCCCCGCCCCCAGCCAGCCUGGGCGGCCUGGUAACCGCAACCCGCAGCCUUGCAAGCCUCCGAGCCAUGGCGUGCGCCGGGCUGCUCACUGUGUGCCUGCUCGGGCCACCUGCGCCCCAGCCGCCGCGACACUCUGCGCCUGCCGCGGGACACGCGCUUUUCCAGGACGUUUUCCGAAGAGCAGACAAGAAUGAUGAUGGUAAGCUCUCGUUUGAAGAGUUCCAGAAUUACUUUGCUGAUGGGGUUCUGAGCUCUGCGGAGCUGCGGGAACUGUUCAGCGGCAUUGAUGAGCAUCUCACUGACAAUUUAGAAACAGAGAAACUGUGUGACUACUUCUCCACACACCUGGGUGUCUAUCGGCCUGUGCUGGCUGCGUUGGAGUCUCUGAACCGUGCAGUGCUCACUGCCAUGGACACAACAAAGCUGGAGUAUGAACAGGCCUCCAAGAUGGACCAGUUUGUCACACGAUUCCUGCUUCGGGAGACUGUGAAUCAGCUACAAGCCCUGCAGACAUCCCUAGAGGGAGCAUCAGACACCCUGGAGGCGCAGGCCCAUGGCCAGCGGUUGGAUGAAGAAAAUAUCAAAGUGCAGAGUAGGUCCUGUGGCAGCCGGAGGGCAGGACGCAGAUCCCUGAGAAGCAUCAGUUGGUCACCAUGCUGGUCUCCUGGAUCCUCUGAUACAGGGCGGAGUUCAGAGGCUGAGCUACAGUGGCAGCUGCAGGUCAACCGCCUCCAGGAGCUCAUAGACCAGCUUGAGUGCAAGGUGAGAGGCUGGGUGGCUAGUGCCCCUCAGAGAGGAUGUCUGUCGUACGUGCCCAAGCCAGUACAUACUAGCAGCUCAGUCUAUAUGCUGUGUCUCUUGCAGGCACCCCGGCUGGAACCCACACAUGAAGAGGACCUUACCAAGGGGCUUGACUCGCACAUCCUUGUGGCACAGAGGCAAGUACAGGUGGCAGAGGAUACCCUGCAGGAUUUUCAUCAUGCUCUGUGCUGCUACAUGAACUUCACAGGGGCCCAAAGCCAUUGUCUGCAUGUGUCUGCCCAGAAGAUGCUAGACAAUGCUGCUUUCACCCUGUAUGAGUUCUGGCAGGAUGAAGCCUCCUGGAGAAGGCACCAGCAGUCACCCUGCAGCAAGGCCUUCCAGCGCACCCUCAUCGAUCACCUGCAGGCGCCCGACACUCUCACCACUGUGUUCUUCCCAGCUUCCUGGUGGAUUCUGAAUAAUAACUGAGUGAGCUCUGCUUAAGCUGGCGACUGCAGCCCUGCCUAUCAUUCUGGAGCCCUCUGUACUGGUGGAUUCUACACUGGCAUCAAGGAACCUGCCUGUCCCCAGGCUAAAGGCCUGGUCAGUUGGUAGAGGGUCUCAGCCCAGGGAUCAGGAGCUAGGCCAUUUGCUUGCUUUAUUUAUUUUACUGUUUGGAGCUUCCAAGCACCUGGGCUUCUGCCUGAUUCAAGAAACCGAGAUUCUGCCCCCUUUCCUCUACCUUGCUGUGUGACCCAGGCAGAUCACUUACCUCUCUGGCUGCCUAGGGGAGUCCUGCUUUCUGCUUGCUGCUUUGGGGUUAAGUUUCUGUUCUUCCUCAACCAGUGGCAGAACCAGGGCUGAUGCUCAGGGACACCCCCCCCCCCCCCCCCCCCGACCCUGGAACCUUGACCCUUGAGACUAGGCCAACUCAGUCUAUCAGUGUAGAGACCUGGGUAUCUAUCACCCUGGGGUCAGCUCUAAAAUUUCUAGCAUCAGUGUUGUACCAGAGACCUCUGGAAGUCCUGGGUUGGUUUGCAUGUCAUUUGCAUAUCAUUUGCAUGUCUCAUCCCACCCAUUCUCAGGGCACUAUGGGAAGCCCCAAGAUGACCUUGCAUAGUAGCAAUAAUUUGGGCCUAGAGUUGCCUGCUGCCCCCAGAGAUCUCUGAAUCCCAGCCUGGGACUUGAGUACCGAGGCAAUAAAGUUGGUAGUUACCUGUG